GUAACCAGACGCUUAUCUCCUUCGUUUCGGGCCUUUUGGCGCCUCUCUCUCCCUCUAAAAGCCAUGCCUACAGUGAAGAAGAACAAGAAGCCAAGGACGAUCCUUUUCCUGAAACCCUAGAUAUUGCUUCCACCAGCGCCCUCAGUUGAUCCUCAUCCUCUCUUUCUCAGCAGCUUGGUACUAGAGGCUUCAGAGCUUCAGGUUAGAUCCUUGUGCUGAGUGGUUGCUUGGCAUCCAACUACUUCUCAGCAGAAACCAGCAAUUUGUGGGUCCUUUUCUCUAUUUGCUUAUUUCUUGCCUUGUUUUAUAAUAAGGGUCAUCUAAGCUCCAAAUUUAUAUUGGCUUUAGUGUUUUAUCUUCCUUUUUAAGUUCCUUUUCUUAUGGUUCUGAUAAUUAAACCCUCUCUAGAAGCAGCAAAUAUCGAGUCUCUCAAUUAUGUCUAUCUAAUUGUUUCUCUAUUUGUUGAUUCCUUUGCCUGUGUUUUCUAGUAGGAGUCAACUAAGCUCCAACUCUGCAUUGAUCUUCCAUUGUCUUUCUUCUUGCUAUGAUUCUGAUAAGCUUUAAUUCAUUUGCUCUCUAGAAGCAGCAAAUAUAUAGUAUCUCAUACAUGUAGAUCUUUUUAGAAUUGUACUUCUUGAAUGUGAACUUCUAUUUUUAUUUUUGUUUUUAUUUAUUACAACCACAUUCAAGGAGUGUGAUUUUGUGUCACAAAAUUGGAAAAGAAAAGAAAAGGUGUUUUUCUAAUCCCAUAUAGCAAAAACAUAAUAGAUUGCACAAAUUUUUUGUUCUCAUAUUUAUUGUAAAAAAAAUUCUUCAACAAUUAAUAUUAUUUAGGGUGAAGAAUCUUGCUCAGUGGUGCUAUAAGAUAAGGGCAUUUUCUCAUGGGUUGGAAAGAAAAUGCCCCAUUUUAGUUUGAAGAGCUGCAAGAGUUUGUUCCUCUCCUAUGGGUUCAAAGUAAGUAAUCCACUUGACAGUUUCUGAGGUGAGCCUUGGAAUUUUUCAUUCAAGCGGUUGGAGGAUUAUGUCUCCCAUCCAAACUUUUCAGGGAAAAAUGUUUCACAACCUUUUUGAGUGGUUAUGCUUAGUGAGGUUGACACUUGUUCUGAGCCUGUUUAAGUUCUUGUUCAAUUAUUAGCCUAAUCUUAGUUCUUUGUGAUGCUUCAGGAAACAUACUUUCAAUUGGAUUCAUUGCAAAAGGGAGUUGCACUUUCUUUCAGGGCCUAGGUUUUCAAUUAGCAAUGAAUUUUCUUUUUCAUGAAGAUUGCAAUGAAAUUGUGGAAAGCCUUUUUUUUCUUUUCUUAUUUUUUUGUCAUUUUUUUUCUUUUUUGCAUACUGAUGGAACAUUAGUUUGAGCGGAGGGAGUCAAGUGGAAUAUAAAUUAGUGUGGGAUUCACUGUAAUAUAUUACAAUCACAUACACCAUGUCAUUUAGUAUUGUUGUAUGUCUAGUGGGACCUUUUUAGGUUAGGAUUUGACAAUACAGUCAUAAUUGCCAACUCAUGGUUUGUAUCUUAUCAUGCAUUCUGUGUUUUAUGCAAAUUGGAAGAUAAAUAGAAAACAUAUGCGUACAAAUUGAAGCACAGAUAUCUUGCAAGAAUGACAUAUAUGCUUUGAGCACAAAUAUUGCAAGAAUGACAAAUAUGUGUUCAUAUGCCAUGUUUGAAGUUUCAACUUCCAACUUCCAAUGCUUUCUACAUUUAUAAGUUAGCAUGACUCCUUUGUGGGAAGAAAAUGACAAAAGGUUUGGAGAGUCAAUCUCCUAUGUAUUUUUGGACAAUUUGGAAGGAAAGGAAUUAAAGUGGAUUCAAUAGCAAGGUGCAUCUGGUUCAAGCACUAAAACACUCUUUCCUUAUCAAUCUCGUGACAUUGGUUAGCUUGAAUGUAGAAUAAGGCUCAAUGCUUUUAAUAGAUUUUGUAGAUUGGCUGAGAUUUGGCCAAGGGAGGGAGUAGUUUUUUGUGUUUUCUCUCUUUUUGGCAACGCUUUUUUGUACCCAUUAUAUACAUCCUGUGUACUUUGGUGUAUAAUUUUCUUUGAUAUUUAUAAUAUUUUCUUGCUUAUAAAAAAAAAAAAAAAAGCUUCCAAGUUCUUCAUCAUACCCACUAAAAAGGAAGGAAGAAAAAACUUUAAAAAGGAAAGAGAAAAACAAAUAUAUUAAUUGAAAUAUUUAUUCAUCAAAAUCCUCAAGGUUAUAUAUAUUUCUAGUCCAGUGACACCUUUAAUUCCAGCAAUACCUCUCCAAAUUAAUCAGAGGAAUGGUUACGCACUUGAGCCUCCAUAUUACACAAGUGCCUUUCUAAUAGAAAAAUGUACUACAUGUGUGCCUUCAACAACAUGUGCACUAAAUUUCCAUGCAGAAUUAUUCUUUUUCUUCCGUUCUUUCUUGUCAUUCAUUUCUAACCUUAAAGUGCCUUUUUGAACAGUAAUACAAUAAUCUUUUUGAAGAAAGAAAUUCAAACUUAUUGUUCUUAAAACUGUUAAAACUAGUCACAUGGGCUCCUACCAUGCUUAUAUAAUAUUGUAUAUUGUUUAUGUAUCAUGAGAUGCUUAAGAUGUGGUACAUAGCAGUCAUAUGUGUUGCCUAUCAUAAAAACAAAAAAUAAUGAUCAUGAAAAAGUAAUAUAAAAAAAAAAAAAAAAAAAACAGAGCAGUCAUAUGUAUCACUUCACAUGCAAAUUGUAUCAUGUAGUAUGUUUUUUCUAAUUGUGUAUGAUAAGUUUUUCACCACUGUGAGUAGCAUGUUAUUUUAUAAAGAUGUAUUGCCUUGCUUUCAUGCUUGGUCAUUUCUUUAUACACUCAUCUUUCAUAUUAUCUGUGGAAUUCAAUGAAUUCUACCCUUGUUUCUUAACUCCAACUAACAUCUCAAUUUAAUUUGGUCAUAUGGUGGCAACUAUUUGACUUUGUUGAGCUUAAUUUUUUCAUUUUUGACAAACAAACAGAUGUGAACUUCUCUUUUUUGGCUUGGGAGAAAUAUUGCUGCAAUCUUGAGCAUAUAAUCACAAGGGAAUUUUAUUUUGAUUUUGAUUUUUUUCAGGUGAAGAUUUUGCUGGAUUGGUGUGGUUUUGAUGGAGAAUAAUUCAAGGGGAGAUAUAAUGGAUCUUGAUUUAAACCUAGAGCCUUUAGACCCUCCUCAUGAUUCCAUGUUGGGAUUAGGAUCUUUAUUGACUGAAAUUGAAACUGCACAUGGACGGAUUGAAGAACGUAUCCGACAACUUGAAGCCGUUAAUUCCAGGGCUAGGCAGCGUCAGAGAUGGCGCCAAGGUCGAAUACCCCCUCAAACAACAACAAUAUCCACAGAACCCAUGCAGGUUAACUCAAUUGAGGGUAGAGUGCAAAAUGGUGAGUGUAGUGUCGCUGGCCAAGAAAGAACUGUUGAGAAUAGGGAGGGCUGUAAAAGGAAUGGAGCCUAUUUGGUAGCUAAGGCGUUGGGAAUGGGUACAAAUGCUAAUGGUGGGGCGUUGGAAAUGGGUACAAAUGCUAAUGGUGGGAGCUUUUUUGAUUGUAAUAUAUGCUUGGACAUGGCCAGAGAUCCUAUACUGACUUGUUGUGGUCACUUGUUUUGUUGGCCAUGCUUCUAUCAGUUGCCCAAUGUUCAUUCAAAUGUGAAGGAAUGCCCUGAAUGUAAUGGAGAGGUGAUAGAAACACACAUUACUCCAAUUUAUGGCCAUGGGAGCAAUAACCAUAAAGUGGCUACAGGGGAUUUAGGAGUGAAGGCCCCCCCUAGGCCUCAUGCACAUAGGAUUGAAAGUAUGAGGCAGCAACGUGUUGCCCGAGGCAUACCUUCGUUUCCAUCUGAGGAAACACUGCGGAUUAUUAGCAGCCAGAUUUCACGGCAACAGGCACGCACUACAACUGAGAGAAGCAAUGUCUUGCCCAGCCAAAAUUCUACUUCACAGGUACCACCCGGCUCUGAGGCUGAGCCCAGCCAGGGCCUCCGUUCUGUUCAGUUUUCAAGAUUAUUAUCACAAGGAACGGCUUCCUUUUCUUCCCUUUCAUCUGCAUUGAAUACUGCACUGAAUUCUGCGGAAAGAUUGGUUGAGGACCUUGAGGAGUAUAUUCAUAGCCACCUUACAAGAAGCCAUGCUUCAUCUGCUGUUAAUGAGAGAGAGACUCUUACAACCAUUGCAGCUGUUCUACAACUGGAAAGCCAAGCUCUCAGCACUGGUGUUAACACCACUGUGCCCCCUUCUUCUUCAUCCUCCAGAACUGAUGUGUCUGCCAUUGCUAUGCGCUCUGAAGACCAGGUAACAGAUUCUACCGAAAUCAAUAUAUCAGUGCCCCAUUCUUCAUCUUCUAGGAGAAGAAAUGAUGCUCCAGGAGCCUCAGAUAUGGAGACUGGAGAUACCCGUGAGCCUCGAAGGAGAAGGUUGAGAUGAUAAGUCUUUUCCAGAGGAAAAAGUUUGGCUCGAGAUAAGCUCCCUCUGACUAGAAACUGCAAUCUAGUUGUUUUCCAAAUAAGAAACUAUAAUGAAGUCGAUGAAUUCAUCAGGAUGUUGAACCAUUUUCUGUAUUCCUUUGUCCAAUGAUCGGUCUUCUGCAGGGAGAACCUGUUCAUGCUUGCAUGGUGUCCUCCUUUCAGAAGGGUAGGACUGGUGUUGCAAGCUACUGCAACACAGCCCCCCCAUAUAUGCCUUUGUACAAUUCUACUGGUAUAUACAUGUUGAAUAGCUUUUUCAUAUUUCAGAUUAUCAUUUUGCACCA